AAAAAGACCGUUCUUCGAUAGUCGUGCAGUUCUUCAAAUCUCUCUCUCUCUCUUACAGUCUCGCACUGCUAGUUUCACUUUAAUGGUGUUUUAAUUAGUUUCGAUUGAGCAGUGGGGAAGACAGCGACCCUUACUAGUAAGGUGUCGUCGUUCUCGGUGCAGAUUUGAGCGGUGCGAAUAGUUAGGUUUCCGACCUCAUUAAUUCACCGUCGUUAAAAAUGGUUGCAGGCAAAGUUAAGACGGCGAUGGGGUUGCAGAAGGCCAACGCCAACGCAAAAUCAGCCAAGCUUGAUGCUCCGGCGAAGCCGUCGGCGGUGGGGCACCACCAGCAGCAGAAGAAUCCCGGCGGACGGUCGUUUGGCGUUUAUUUCCCGCGCUCCUCCGCUCAAGUCCAGCCCCGGCCGCCGGACGUGACGGAGCUCCUCCGGAUAAUCGAGGAGCUAGGGGAAAGGGAAUCCCGGCUGAAGACGGAGCUAUUGGAGCAGAAGAUCCUCAAAGAGUCCGUCGCCAUUGUUCCUGUUUUGGAGAAUGAGGUACAAAUUAGGGAUUUGGAAAUCCAGCGGUUCGGGAAGAAGAUUGAUUGCUUGGAAGUGGAGAACGAGAGGCUUCGUAAUGAGAACGAAUUUCUGCAUAUGGAAUUGACGAAGCAGAAUCAGAAGUACGAAGAGAAGAUCAAAUAUAUGCAAUCGGAAUUAUCGGAAAUAAAAAAGGCUGUGGCAGAGAGGCCACCGGAGCAAGAGGAAGUACCUUCAUCUUCCUCGGCGAACCCUAAACUCGUCGACGUGAUGAAUAGUUACAAAUCUAUUUUCGCCUCAAGGUGUCUGAGGAAAUGCCAGACUCAAAACAGCAUCGUCGGCGGUAGUUUUUGCGAAACCGCCAUUAAUCAUGUGCAGCAGCUGAGGAGUGAAGGUGCGGAGGAGAUGAAGAAAGAAUUACUCGGUGCGGUCGAGUGCACCGAAAGGCCACGAAAUUCUGAAGAGAUUCCAGAAAGUUCCGAACCGUUGAUCGGAAUUAGAUCUCGUGCUCCUCGUGUUCCAAAACCGCCGCCGAGGCCGUCAGGGUCACUUCCACCGUCGAUUUCGCCAUCGUUGGCAACAUCCGUUUCAUUUCCGGCGAACGAUUUAUCAUCCUAUUCAGCGGAGCGUGUAUUGGCGGAGAUAUCCAACGUUCCACCUCCGCCACCGCCGCCGCCACCGUCAGUGAAGUGUGUAGCACCGCCGGCGCCGCCUCCUCCGCCUCCGAUUCAAUCGAAGACGACGGCACCGCCGCCGCCGCCUCCACCUCCGCUCCCGAAGGGGAUGAAACCGAAGUCCUCGGUGGCCAAAGUCCGUAGAGUUCCAGAAGUCGUUGAGUUCUAUCAUUCACUAAUGCGGAGGGAGUCUAAUUCCCGACGUGACUCCGGCGGCGGAAGUGGUGUCCCAGCUGAUGCUCCGGCGGCGGGAGCAACGACGAAAGACAUGAUCGGCGAGAUUGAGAACCGUUCUUCACAUUUACUUGCGAUAAAGACAGACGUAGAAACGCAGGGGGAUUUCAUCAAGUUCUUGAUUAAAGAAGUUGAAGGAGCUGCUUUCACCGACAUUGAAGACGUCGUCCCCUUUGUCAAAUGGCUUGACGAUGAACUUUCAUACCUGGUUGAUGAGAGGGCAGUGUUGAAGCAUUUCGAUUGGCCGGAGAAGAAGGCUGAUGCCUUGAGAGAAGCUGCAUUUGGGUAUGUGGACUUGAAGAAGCUGGAAUCGGAAGUCUCGUCGUUUCGGGACGAUCCGAGGCAGCCGACGGGGGCUGCUCUGAAGAAGAUGCAGUCUCUGUUUGAGAAAUUGGAGCACGGUGUUUACAACUUGUCGAGGAUGAGGGAAUCGGCUUCGAAGCGAUACCGAGUUUAUCACAUUCCUAUGGAUUGGAUGCAGGACACUGGGUAUGUUAGCCAGAUCAAACUGGCAUCGGUUAAACUUGCGAUGAAGUACAUGAAGCGAAUAUCCGGUGAGCUCGGAGCAGCUUCAGGGGGAAGCCCCGAAGACGAAGAACUCAUCGUCCAAGGCGUCAAGUUUGCGUUCCGAGUACAUCAGUUUGCGGGAGGAUUCGACGUGGAGACAAUGAGGGCAUUUGAAGAGCUGAGGGACAAAGCUCAGUCAUGCCAAAAUCAUCAGCACCAUCAACACAGAUACAUUUUCAGGUCUGCUUCGUCUUCUUCUUUCUGACUCUCAAUCUGCAGCAAACUCUGCUUCAGAAGAAUGAAUAUUCAGAAAUAUAUAUAUAUAUAUCUAUAUAUGCUCAUAUGUGUGUGUGUUGUAUUUUUGGGUGUAAAGGAGGGUGGGUGGGUGGUUUUUAAAACUGGACAGAUUUUUGUUGUGAA